GGACGUUACUGAGGGCCAAACAGUCGAUGAUGUUUUGAACCAACUUCAGCGAAAACUAAGAAUGAAUUUGAAUAUUGAUGCUCAGCAGAAAAAAUACUUGACCCUUGAGAUCCAAGGUUCAGAACUAAAAAGCGACUGGGUUCUGAACGACCUGGGGAUUGAACCGGGCACCACUUUCAAAUGUUACUUGAAGGAGGAGGAGCAGCCUAGUUUGAGGCUUUAUUUGUCGUUUUCCUGUGACACGAUUCCAAUUUUUGAUGACGUUGACUUCUAUUCAAUUCAAGUGGCGGAUGUCAGGACUAUCAUCCAAGAAAAUACAGGCAUUCCAGUUUCUGUUUUCAAACUUAUUGUGGACAAAUCAAAAAGAACACUUUAUGAUGGGCUGACUCUCUACGACUAUGACGUCAGACAUGGUGACACGUUGAACUUGGAGACAUGGGACGGAUGGGGACCUUUGUUGCAUGCAGCAUUGAUGGAUCUUCCACACAAAGUGCACAGAUGUCUCGUCUCCGAGGAAGACCCAAUGAUUGCCCGAUUCCAGGCGAGGGCUGCACUAGCCAUUGCAGCCCACUUUGGACUGCUGGAUCUUGCAUCCAAAUUGGUGAUCGGAAUGGGGGUCCGUCCAGACAUCCCGAUCGGAACCCACCCGGCUACCCAUUGGUGUUCCUCGAAACACAACUCCCACAUCGAGACCUUGAAGUCCCCCAUACACGUUGCCGCCGAAAGAGACCAACUAGCCUUUCUCAAACUUAUCAUCGGCCACAAUGUAACUUAUUGUGUAGCACGUGACGGGAAGGAUUUAACGGCGUUAAGUGUCGCGCUGAGGAAAAACAAUCGGAAAAGUGCUUCAUUGCUGAUUACGAAGGCGUGGAGUAAACAACCACCGGCCAGUGAGACGACGUUCCCUUUGCCGAUUUACACCAAGCUGAAAAAAUGGUGUGAACUAGCAAAGGAUGAGAUAUACUCUAUGUAUUACGGAGAUCCGAAUCUGGCGAAGAAGUCUUCAAUCAAAAUUCCGAAAUGGUACCAAAAAUCCAAAUCCAACAUUAACCUAGUGGGCCAACCACUUCUUCUGGAAGGAUUCUCAGAAGACAUAAUGCAAUCGAAGCUGACCAAAUCACAUGCGAUCAAAAGCUACGACAUUCACUACAGAGCCUCGACAGCUCAGCCGAGAGCACGACUUCCGACAAUCCGAAUGGAAACACCUCCCUUGGUUCGCCGAGAACGAAUCAAAUACGAAGCAAGGAAGUCGGGAAUUCCGGAUGACGACAUCCCGAAUAUUCUAGAAGCCGCGCUAAGAAGCGCAAUGAAGCCCCAGUCGGAGCCGAAAUCAAGUUUGCUGAACCGAAGGAAAAGUCGGUUUUUUGAUUCGGGCUUUAAUUCGUUCCGAAAAGAAAAUACGAAUAUCACAUUCGUUACCAAAAGCAAACUGAAUUUGAAUUCGGACGAUGAGUCGACGAAACGAAAUCGUCCCAUGAGUGUCAUGUCACGGCUUUCAACUCGAAAUAGUGACCGGCAAAUUUUGCUACCGCCUAAAAUAGAUAAAAACAGCGCAUUAAGGCCACCAAUUUUUGAUGCUUAUGGUGGGACUACACAUGACAAUUUACACCAGACAAUUUCAGCCGUUGAAAGAAAACUGGGACAGAGUUUGAGAGAUAAAGCGAUUGAGAGUUUGAAUGUGGCUUCGACGUUCAAAAAGAAAGCAUGGCUUCAUCAGAUAAACUUAGCGAAUAGUUUGUCGAGAAACGCAAUUCAAAGACCGAUUACGUUCCAGAAACUGUAGACUAAAUUCAUGUUUGUUUUUGAG